AAAAAAAAUGGCUUGAAAUCUUGUUAUUGUUGACACAACAUUGGGAUUUUAAAGGCGAAUAGGCAAACAUGGAGGUAACGUGGUUGCUUGCGUUUAUUGUGCUCUUCAACAGUGCGGUCAAUGCGGACUAUCCUUGCAUCUGUAACUACAACGUGGAAAAAGAGGUGUUGGGUGAGGUGUCACAGACGGGCAGCCCGAUCGGGUACCUGUACGAGUUCGACUGUAAACCAGAAGGACCGGAUACGGGGAACGCGGGGUGGUUGUCCAUACAGUUUGAAAACCAGUAUGGUUAUCUUCACAAAGAUUCCCAGACAGAGAAACAAACCUGCCCUGGAAAUCCUUCAGCUGGGGAUAUAGUUACAACAACUACUCCAAAGUCUUCGACCACCUCGAUCUCAAUAAGUACAACCCAACUGUUAACGACAACAACACCAAUGCCCCCAUCUCCAUCAACAACUUUAAAAACAACUGCAUCAACGUCUACUCCUACUACUACUACUACGACAACGACGCCGACAACAACAACGACACCGACGACAACGCAGACGACAACAAAAAAGCCAACCACUACAGUCCCAGCAACAAAAACACCAUCGACGACAACUUCUACCACAACAAGAACAACACAGUCGUCACCGAAAACUGCGACAUCAACGGCCACCAAUGCAACUCCAACACAAACGUCGUCUCCCUACGCAGUUUCAUAUGGAUGUAGCAACCACCACCAUGCCGUUGGUUCCUUUGUGUCGAGCACGCUGUUUACCGUCAACGGGCAUUGCUACGAGGCAGUUACAGCAAUACAUUCUUGGAGAGUCGCUGAGAGCUAUUGUGUGAACAACGGAGGACAUCUUGCAUACAUUAGUAGCAAGGGACAACAAGACGCAAUAUACCAAGUUGUUAAGGAGCACAUUGGCCAGAACGUUUGGAUAGGACUCAAUGAUCUGGACAACGAGGGAUCAUAUCGUUGGAUAUCAGGAAACAAUUACAACUACACAAACUGGAAACCAGGAGCCUUGGUGGGUGAGCAUGCUAACGAAGACUGUGUUACCAUGGUUGUUGGAACAUACGGAGGCACCUGGCAGGAUACCUCUUGUAGCAACCUUCUUGGAUACGUUUGUGAUUUCGAUUCCGUAGCGGUUUCAACAUUAGCACCCACAACAACAACUACAACAUCACCAGUAACAACAAUACUAGCUACAACGGCAUCAGCAACAGUUACUUUACCAGUAACGUACGGCUGUACUACUGUUUACCCCCACUAUGGAUACACCGAGGCUGGAACACUGUUCACCAUCAACAACACGUGCUACGAAUUGAACGCUAAUCUACACACUUGGAGAACUGCAAACAGCAUGUGCAACAGCAAAGGCGGUUCAUUGGCAUACAUUGACAACAGACUUGUGCAAGAUGCCAUGUACAACGUUUUGAAGAGCAACUUGAAUCAAAAUGUUUGGAUCGGACUAAACGAUCUACAAUAUGAAGGCUACUUUAGCUGGGUAUCAGGCGAAAAGUUGUCCUACACACUUUGGCACAACGGCUUUGUCGGUUAUAACGACGGCGAGGACUGUGUUGUCAUGAUGGCUUCUACUCCGGAAGGUGCUUGGGAGGAUAAACCCUGCGCGCAAAUGCAUGGCUAUAUUUGCCAGUUUGGAGGUCACUCAAAAUACCAAACAACAUCAACAACUCGGCCUACCACAGUCAUUACAGAUAUUCCGAUUGGCUCAAUGUUUAGCGAUGGAAGUACACGUUUAUGCCCUAGCAGUGUAAGAUCUUUUUCCGACCAAUACGGAACUGUGUAGGCCCAACACGGCCACAGCUGCUACGAGUUACUUAACACCGAGGUAACAUGGUCGUAU